AUGGACCUUCCUUUGCUGCAUGAAAAUCACACCUUUAUAUUAACAACGUCAUGGAAUAGUGUCAGUGAUACAAAGAAAGGAUUAGAAUUGAUGUACCCUAAUAAGAGUUCAACAGUUGUUGUAUUUUACAACAAGAAGACUAACUUCACCCAGCCUUUUGUAUGCCUACUUUCAAAUAAGGCUGGCAUGAAGGGGCUACCUGCCUUAGUUGAAGCAAUAUCAAAGCCCUUGUUCUUUGAGAAAAUUUUGGCCCACUUGAUUACGAGAAAUGGCAAUCUGGUAGUUUUCCACUGUGGAAAAGGAGAAGCACUGCAGGCAGGAAGGAAGAAGGGCCUGAAUGUUGUUGGGAUUGAUGCGAGAAAUGAAAUGGUCCGAUCCUGUAAUAAAUUAUUAUAUUAA